GCCCGCGCGUCGUUCCACGUUUGUCGAGUGGAGGCGGAUUUCGCGAGCGGCGCGCCGCGUCUGUUGCUGUUGUUGUUGCUGCGCUGCAGCUCCUCUCUGAGUAGCGUCGCUUCUCGCUUGGUUACUCCCCGAUGAUGCUGUGAAGCUGUCUGAAUCAAGACAUUUUCUUUUUACUUGUCUUCCUUCAAGUCCUCACUAAGCAACACCAACAACCCCACAUCUACCAGCACCAAUCGACACCAGCACCACCACGUGGAGCCAUGAUGUUCGAGGGACUCUCGGACGUGGAGGCGUACGAGGAUGAGCUGUACGGCGAGGUGGACUCGGAGUCCGACUCGUGCGUUGACAGCGAGGUGGAGUUCCAGCUUUACAGCCAGGUGCACUACAGCCAGCAGCUCCCAUCAGGCGCGGAUGUCACAGCCGCAGACACAGCCGCAGACAAAACUGCAGACAAAACUGCAGACAAAACUGCAGACAAAACUGCAGACACAGCCGCAGACAAAACUGCAGAUGUCUCUGGCAAUGCUGCCACUGCCACCACCAUCGUCAGCUCGACUCCUCGCCCGCUGAAACCCGAAGUCAUCGUCAUCUCGUCUGACGACACGGCGGCUCCGGUGAUGCCCGUGAGUAGCAUCCGAGCGAGCGGCCGAGCGAAGGAGGCGACGGUGGCGAGGCGCGCCAAGCGCACUUCUCCGCACGUGGUGGUGGCGGGCGGCUGGAAGGCGACACGGGGCGGCGUUCGCGGCAGGGUGCGCGAGACCAUCACGCUCGAGACCGAAGGCUCCGACACGUCACACGCGCAGACCCUCGACGACAGCAGCGACGACAAAGAUGGCGGCGACGACGACGACGAUGACGACGACGGCUCGUCGGUGCGGAGCUGGAUGCUGCUUGGCGGCAAGGGCAGAGGGAGGAAGCGUGACGCACUGGAGAAGCCCGAGGAGAUCAUGAUCAACCUGCAGGGCGAUGGACGGGCGGGCAGAGAGUUCAGCUCGGAAGGUGACUCGGAGGGGGAGUGGACGGUGAAUGAGAAGGACAUGGAGGCCUCGCUGGAGAACAAGAGAGGGCCUUCGUUCCACUCCACCAGGAUCCGCUACUACGACAAGACGGUCACCUGCCGCAACUGUGACAAGCAAGGCCACCUCUCCAAGAACUGCCCGUCUGCCAGGAAGUUGCCGACCUGCGGGGUCUGUGGGACCAAGGGCCACGUGGCGAACGUCUGCCCGUUCCGGCUGUGCCCCAACUGCCACCGGCCUGGCCACGUCCUCUCCGACUGCAUCGAGAAGCCGGGGCACUACAAGCAGUGCCACCGCUGCUGCAUGACGGGACACUACGCCGACGAAUGCCCCGACACCUGGAGGCAGUUCCACCUGACGGUGGAACCUGGGCCCCUCGUGCGGCCGCUGGUGGAGCCGGACAGGGCCCACGCACGCGUCUUCUGCUACAACUGCGCCGCCGAGGGACACUACGGACACGAGUGCGUGCGGAGAAGGAUGGAUCUGUACAUAUACCCCACGGUGCCCUUCGUCUGUCAUUACGACAGCCCUCACGAAUUCCACCUCAGGGAGAAGAGAUUGCAGAGGAUAGCCAGAGAAUUGCGGGAGACGGGCCAGCUGCAGGAGUCUCUGCUGAACCCCCUGAAGCGGCGCCGCCUGGAGCUCGAGGCCGAGCAGGGCCUGAGCCAGAAGCAGCGCGCUCGGCUCAAGGCGCGGCUCGACCGCGCCGAGGAGAGCGAGGCGGCGCGGCUCCACCGCAAGCGGCAGGAGCUGCGCGCGCGUCGCCACGAGCACUACGUGCGCCGGACUGCCGGACUUCCGGCGUGCGACGACAACGACGGCGACGGCAGCUCGCACCGCCCGCACCACCGCCAGCACGGCCACGACCGCCGCGAGAAGCGGGCCCGCGAAGCGUCGGCGGCGGCGAGGGGAGAGCGCAGCGAGCGGGGAUUCCAGAGGAGGGCGGCCGUGGCCGAUGAGGGCUACUUCCCUGCGGAGGCUGUCGAGUGGCAGAACGACAGGAAGAGGAAGAAGAAGGAGGAGAUAAAGCAGAGGUUGAAGUUGAAGGCGAAAAUGAAGAUGAAGAAACUGAAGGAGAAGAAGGCGCGGCGCAAACACGGGGGGGGCGGCAACGAGGAGGAGGGAGGCAGCGCGAGCUCCGUGUCGGCGUUCCUGCCGCCGUCGAGAAAGAAGAGCAGGAAGAAGCGCGCGAGGGCCAGCGCCAGCGCCAGCGAGACGUGCGUGGAGUGAGUCUCGCGUGUGCAGAGGUUCCUUAACCGGCGAUGCGGCAUGCGGGACAAACUCACCACCGUGGCACGGCCAGCUAACAUUUCACGCUCCGCCUCAUUUAGCAAAAGGGCCGUUACCAAAUCACGCUGUCCUAACUCAGGUUGAAAGUAUUAAUGCGUCGGCUCCGUCUGUCUGUUUGAGACGCGGAGGGCACGGUAACUCUCAAAGUUGAUCCAAUAUCCAGAAAUCUUCACUACCCUAUAGCAAACCAGCAACAUUAAUUCAAGGGUUGCCCUACAUUUGGAGACGAACCAGUGAUAAAAGGGUUCACCUUGGUGCUUGCACCUGAAUGGCCAAGAUGCUCACACCUCUGUACCUCCCCACCGAUGAUAUGAUCACACGUGUUGUGAUUUUGCUAUGUCACACACCAUCCGCCCUGUGACAUCAUAACUUAAUGCGGCUUUCCGAGGACAAACACAUGUUAGAAAGCAUUGCAGAAGCCACGCAUGUGGAUUGUCUUCCUCCUCUUGUUCUUGCCCACAGUUUAAUGCGAUCGUGCCAUCGAUGUCACAAGACGUGGGUGCCAGAUGAUGAUCCAUGUAGAUCUCUCGCAGAGCAUUGCAAACCUUCGUGUUCGAGCGAAGGCCCACGGAAUCAGAUGUAGCAGAACUACAUCUGAGAUCCCUUUAACUGACCUCCGGUCCACGCAGAAGGGGGGGGAGAGCACUUUCACAACGGCUAUACCAACGUAAAUUAUUUCCUUCACACAUUAUAUCCUCACAGCUGUAAUGUAGCCAAGUUAAUGUGAUGGCUUUUUGUAGUUGUGGGUGACCUGACUUGAGACCAUCCAUAGGGGUGCCACGGUGGCGAGAUGUUAACUACCUCGCCUGGUAUACAGGAGGUCAUGGGUUCUAUCCCGACCCUGACGCCUGCAUAUUUGGAGUUUGCAUGUUCUGGCCGUGGUUUCGGAGAUUAUUCUCUGGCUCCUCCAGUUUUUUCCCUCAUUUAAAAACGUGCGUUUACAGUAUUUUGGCUUAACACGUAGGCUUUCGCGACCAAUGUUAUUCAUAAUCAACGUUUUUGGGUUUAGAUCGCGUUAUUUAUAAAUGUGUCGUAACCCUCCACCACCCGACACGGCCAAUCAGUAAAAAUGUGUCACGUUGACAAAGACAAAUAGUUCACUGCUUUAGCCCACCGGUGU